AUGAAUAUCGACAUCCCAAAGCUGGUCAAGGCCGCUGUGCCGGACUCCGAAGGACGAAAUGCGCGCGUCGUCUCGGACAAUUGGAAUCGCCCCGUCCAUAGAGAUCCUAACUUCCUGUCCAAGGACUUCCCCAGAGGUCGACCAAAGCUGUACAUCAGUGCGGAAAGUGAAGAGUUUGACCAACUCACACUAGACGAGUGGCGCGAUGAGGACUUCGACGUAGAGUACCUCCCAAUGGGGGGUAACGCGAGAGAGUACCGGGACAAACUCCGAUCGUUGAGCAAAACCAAUAUGGGCCCUUGUGAGACAUUUGGAAUCGUGGCAUACGGAGAUGCCGCAGCUGCCUGUCUUGAACACUAUCAUGUCAUGGAUAACAAUCCAGAGUUCAAGCUGGGUCUUCUCAUUGCAUACUACCCAACGGCGAUCCCCGAUCCCAAGGGCCACUUUCCUAGCAGCAUUUCCGCUCUUGUUCAUCUCGCCGCGGGGGAGGAGAUUGGUGUCACAAAACAGAGCCAGAUGGUGGGGAUUCAAGGGAAGCGACGCACGACCCGAAAAAGGGUGGAAAACGGCAUGGGAAUCGGAGGAAUGCUGCAGCUAGCGUAUCCGAGUUACACCUACGAUGCGGAGCCUGGUUUUGCAGAGCACGAUUUGGACGAGUACCAUCCAAUUUCGGCUGAAUUGGCAUGGAGCCGAAGCCUUGGUGCGGCGAAGAAGGCGUUCAAUAAUCAUGCCGACUUGGAGCUCGUGUUGGAGCAAAAUGUGCAGGGCAAGUUCUUCACUCGCAACCUAAACCAAACCCUUUCAUCGUAUACAACACACAAGACCCCUCACGUCACUCACAUUCCGACAUUGACCGGCGGAGUCGGAGCGCAAGAGCUGGAAGCCUUUUACAAGCAAUUCUUCAACAACCCCCCGUCAAUGAAACUUACGCUUAUUUCCCGCACUAUCGGGACUGAUCGUGUCGUUGAUGAGGUUCACGUCCGUUUCAAACACACGGAAGAGAUGCCAUGGAUUCUGCCAGGCGUCCCAGCAACAAGUAAACGGGUCGAGGUGCUUGUUGUUAGCAUCGUUGGGCUGAGAGGAGGCAAACUCUACCACGAGCAUGUGUAUUGGGAUCAAGCGAGCGUGUUGGUGCAAGUUGGCUUGUUAGACCCGAAUCUUGUGCCAGAAGCAGGGCGCAAUAUUGGCGUUGAGAGACUCCCCGUUGUCGGUAGAGAAGCAGCAAGAAGAGUUCUGAGAGGGUGGGAUGAUAAUGAAGGGGAGGCCGAUAAUGAGCUUGUGCCGGGCUGGCAUGAAGAAGCGGCCGGAGAUGAAAAGACAGCCAAAGGCAAGCAAACCAGUGGAGGGACGGCCAAGGACCAGAAAGGGGGUCAGAAGGAGGGACAUUCAGCCGCGAAGACGUUAACGGAAAGGCCGAAGCCUACAAGUACAACAUAG